UUCCAUAGCAAAAUGUCUUAGAAAGAUGCCCUACACUUCAUCACCUCCAGUUCCCUCUCAGCCCCUCCUACUUCCCCGACUCCAGUGGAACUGCUCUCGCAGAACUGCCAAGUCCAGUGGACGUUCUGUCCUCACUAGAUACAUUUCUCAGCAGUCAACCUGCUGACCAUCCCUUCCUGGAAAUACUCUCCUUUCUUGGCUUCGAGGACACCAACUCCCCUGGUUCUCUUAGCUCAAAUGUCACCUCCUCAGAGAAGUCCUCCAUGACCACCCUACUUAAAGUGGCCUCUGCCAGGGCUCCUUCACCUCAUCACCCUGUUUGCUGCUUUGCGACAAUGAUCACAACCUUUAAUUCUCUUGCAUGUGUAUUUAUAUAUCACUUAUUAGCCAUCUGUAUUAUUUUAUUCUCAACCACGUUUACUAUCUGCUUCCCAUCGUUUCACGUGAAUGCAGAUGUGCUGGUGCUCACUGCUAGAAUGGUGUCUGGCACACUGUAGGCCCAUAAUAAAGACUUGUGGAAUGAAGGGCUGGAAGGCACCAUGGCUGGACGUUCAGCACAUCCUCUCCUCCUUCCACAUCUCAGGCAACACGCUGUCUCUCAGUGAUCUCUCUCUCCUUCCUGUUUCCCACCAAGAUUUCCCUUGAUGCUCCACUUAGCCAGAUUUCAACCUGAACUAAAAUGUCAGGUAACAGGGCAAUAGUUAAAGUAUGAUUUGACUUACAUCUCAGGCACUCCCUCAUGGAAAGUCCCUUGAAUCAAGUAGUAGAGAAACAGUUGUGGGUCUAUUAUCAGAGCAUCAGCCUCGAGAACCUUCUUAGGCAUAGCCAGACCGAUGGUGGUGCCAGUGGAGCACGUUCACAGCGGGCAGAGAGACCACAGAGGCUCUGGCCUUAGGCAGAGGGUCUGAGGAGAUCUUCACUUCUGCCUUGUGACGCACCUAGCUGUGCUAUCACAAAGUCAGCUGAGUAUUAGAUGAGAUGUCCUAUCUUUACUAAAAGACACAAUUUUAGAAAAAAGUUCUACAAGCUGUUACCUGUCUAGGAAAGCCCUCCCAAACUGCAGACAGGAUCCCUCACCUGGCGUCUUCUGCUCAUCCUCAUGACCUCUCAGCCCAACCGUUGUAGGAACGUGGUCUACCUACACCCACUUCACUAUUCAGGAGUGUGAAAAUGUGCAAAACCAGACAAGUAUGUCUGUGCUAAUGUAAGUUUAUGCAUAGAAAAGCGAAUGAAUUCUAGAGGUCACUGGGUCGGAACUCUCCAUUUACAGAGGAGAAAAAUUGAGGUCCGGAGGAGUCAGGCAAUUUUCUUAUGAUGAUACACUUAACAACAGGGCCCGAACGAGAACCCAGUUCUGUUGAUGCCGAGUCCAGUGCCCUCUCCCAUGUGACUUACUGACUCACUCAAUCCUGGUUUUCUACUCUAGUCAAGAAAUCACUUUCCUUAAUGGAAAUCUCUCCAUCUCUUUGUAACGGUGUAUAAACCGAUAUGCUUGAGUCAGUGAACAUGCAAGUGAAUGUCCACGUGUCUAUCCACAAGUAUUUGUAAAGCAUCUCACUGGAUGUUCAUGUGCUUUCUUCCAGGGAAACCUCCAGGUAAUUACAGUUCCUUAUGUCGGCAGCAGCAGUGAAGUUAGGAGAAGACCUUCCGAAUCAAUCAUUGACAAGCAAACUCGGUCCUCCUGCCAGUAAGCUCCAAAAUGGUCUUCAGGAAAUAAGUGGCAAAAUAAUUAGGGUGGAGCCAGAUUCUCCCAGGGUCAGCCUUGGUUCCAGAGCAGUGAAAGCAGUGAGAGUCAAGUUAUGAGACCCACAGCAUACUGUCUUUGCAAGGAGAAUGUGCUAAGCCAACAUGGAUACCAUCUUGGUUUUCAGCCUAAUCAUUACCUCCUAUGAUGCUGACAAGAAGGAACUCAGAGAUAGCAACUGCCAAGUGGAACAGCUGCCUGGUCGCUUCCCAAAGGAUGUGAGAAACAUCAGAGAUGUGCUAAUGCAAGAAGCUCAGGCAGAAGCCAAAAGGUCCACAUUUAUCCAAACUCAGACUGUGGCUGCCCUGCAGUGUCUUGGUUCUGAGAGCAAAGUGGAAGUCAACCUUGUAUAUUCAGAGAAGAGGCGAAAGGUCAGGCAUACUCUGAAGAACUUGAGAGUCAUUGCUGUUCCCCAUAGGAGCAGCACUGCCCCCGCAAGCUGUCACCUGGCCCCUACACCCAAGGUGCAGACUGGAUCCCUCGUAACAGGCAAAGGGUCAAUGCCUGGGAGCCAGAGAGCUAUGCCAAUGCCAGCGGUUGUGGAGAAGGCAAAGGAAGGAGGGCCAGCAACCUGGGCCAGCUGAAUCCCAGCUUGACUCUCAGCCCAAGAAGGAAAGUCUUCUCUGUAUGGUUAACGUCAC